AAGGUUGUCAGAAGUGGAGAAAUGGCUAAAUUGACCCAGUUAAUUGACAAUGAAGUCUUUCAGGCUUAUGCAACUUAUGCAACUAUUGUUCUUCUGAAAAUGAUGCUAAUGAGUCUUAUAACAGCAUACUUCAGAAUUACAAGAAAGGCAUUUGCUAAUCCAGAAGAUACAGCAUCAUUUGGUAAAGGCGAGAGUGCUAAAAAAUAUCUGCGGUCUGAUCCAGAUGUCGAACGUGUACGCAGGGGCCACCUAAAUGACCUUGAAAAUAUUAUCCCGUUUUUUGGCAUUGGACUGCUGUAUGCUCUUAGUGGCCCUGAGCUGUCCACGGCCUUGCUGCAUUUCAGGAUCUUCGCUGGGGCUAGGAUCAUUCACACUUUUGCAUACUUGAUCCCUUUUCCCCAGCCCGGCAGAGGUUUAUCUUGGGCAAUUGGGUAUGCAGUAACCAUCUCCAUGGCGUACAAAGUGCUGAAGACGGUAUUGUCCCUGUAGCAGAGUGGUAGCUUCUGUGUAGCAUUCCACACAAAGUUUCCAGCAGUGUAUGUUGGUAUCUUGAAUAAAUGAGCAUGAGUUUUCUAUGGUGACUGGAAUUUGUUUUUUAACAGAGGUUUUUCAUUCCUGUUCAGAAAUACUUCUUUUGGGAGGAAAAAAAAUAAAAUCUUUCUACCUGUAUUCUCUAUUCAUGGUCUGCAUUGCCAAAAUGUUAGAUUGAAUGUUCCCUUUGUGACUUGUCAAGUGCUUAUGAUUCUAAACAUGCAAUGAUGCUGUAUUGAUAGCAUGUGUGGUAAUUUUCUACAGACUCACUAUUUUUGGCUGUAGCUGUGAAGUCUAAAUCAAUAAAGACAAGA